AUGACCCCAACCAGCUACACCACCACCAUCACCCCGACCAACCGCCCGACAACCCCAACCCACCGCCCCCCAAAAGUCACCUACAGCCUCCUAAACGCCACCACAACCCUAACCUACCUCCACUACGCAGGCCUCGCCUCGAUCUUCGACUGGGACGCCGCCCUAGACCACCUACUCACGCUGUUCUGCCAGCAGCGCGCGAAGCAGCCGCACGCCGCGCCGUUCGGCGGGUCGAUCGCGUGCGACGGCGAGAUCCGGUUCUUCCUUGAGAUGCGCGAGGAGGGGAAGGCGGGGGCCAUGCCGUUUUGUUAUCUGGGGAGGACGUCGUUUGGCGUGCGUGAUGAGGGGGCCGCUAAGGCUUGGGAAUCGCAGCAAGGUUGUCAGGGUAAUCCCACCGGUCCAGACAGCUUGGCACAUGUCAGCGAUCCCACGCAUCCGAGUUACACCGCAACAUCUACCUUGAUGUCUCAUUCCUGA